CACUGAGCUAGCUAAACUAAACUCCUUAUUUUUCUUAUUACACAAAAAGUCGGCUUUUAUGUUUUUUGUAUUUAAAAAAUAAAUUUAAACUUUCCAUAUUAAAUAAUUAAAAAAUAAUAUAACUUAUGAUGCAAAGUGUAUAGAAAUUAAAUAAAAUAAGCUGAACAUGAAGCAGAAACACUAUUUACUACUUAUUCUAUCGCAUGCUUUUAUUGCUGUUGGCUGUUUUUUCCUGUAUGUUUACCAUGUAAGGUCAAUAUUCGAAACUCGCCAUAAUUUUGCGCAUAUAUCGACUUUGGAACGAGAAGCCCUACUAAGAAAGGAAGAUGCUCUUUAUUAUUCGUUUUAUAAGACCAUCAUUCAAGAGGCAGACUUCUAUCAAGGCUAUCUUAAGCUGUUAAAUGUCACAACUAUUGAAUAUCCUCACAGUGUAAAUGUUGUUCAUCGUUUUCAUGUAUUUCCUGAGAUUGCAAUUGGAUAUUUGUAUCACAAAUUUAGAUCUGUAAGCAAGAGUUUCGGAGAUUCUGAUGUUUCUUGUUGGAGUGAUGAUAGUAACCUAUUAUCAGAUCAAGUCAUUAAUUGCGAUGGCUUCGGUGAGCCUUUUCACUUUUACUUAGAGUUCGUGUGGAUGUUUGGAGGCUUUACAGUCUUUUUGAUUUACAUGUAUGCUUCAUUCUUGAGUGAAAAUUUAUUAGGAGGUGUCUACGCUGUUGCAUCUUAUGUUAUAUUUCAUAAAAAUGUUUCCAAAAUUUAUGAUCGUCCUGUAGCAAGAGAAAAUUUCGCAUUUCCUUUGAUUUUUUGGCAAAUGUUCUAUCUAUGCAUUUGCAUAGACAAAGCUUCAAAGAGCAAAAAAACAGAUCAGCAUUAUUUCAAUCCAAUUAUGAUAAUAAAACUUACUGCUUUAACAACUGCCUCAUUGCUCUGUUGGCAAUUUUCAUCUGUGGUGUAUGCAACUCAAGUACUAAUUAUGAUUACGCCAUGGAGUCUCGGUCUAGUAUCGAGUCGAUUUUCAAUUGACUACACAAUAACUCAAUUUCUUUCCAAUAUUUUAGCCUAUUAUCUGACCUAUGAAAACAAAAAGUAUUUCUUUGCUUGGCAAAAUGGUCCAGCAUUUGCACUUUUUUUCAUAAGUCUCGUUCGAAUAUACAAAUCACAGUCAAGGUCGGAUAAUUUUUUAAAAAGCAUCACACUCGGUAUACUGCUUGCUAUAAGCUCACAAGGAACGAUUAUAGACUUGUUGGAAAAAUCUGGCUAUGCCAGUUCGACAGAUAAUCCGUUUUCGGUGUAUCGUGACUUGGUAUUGCAGUGGACACUUCAAAGGAAAACUAACUUCACAACAUGUCUUCUUGCAUGCAAUUCCGACUAUGCUGAGGUAGAUAUAUACGAUGUGUGGGAGGUGAUCAAAAUUCUAUUCGCUAAACCGUAUUGCUUGUAUGGAGUUGUAUUGUUGGCUAAGUUCCUUAGAAAAUGGCGAAUUCAAGCUCCAAAAUCUGAAGACACGAAUUAUGUUGAAAGAGCCAAAAAAUACGUACUAGAAGACUUUCUAGAAGAGAAUCACAUUUCAAUGAAAGAAAUGUCAAAUCAAAAGACCGAAAAAGCCCUUAACGAAUGUCUCACCUUAUUGGAGAAGUGUGAUUAUGAUUUUGAAAAAUACAAAGAAGAACGAAACAAAUUGAAAAAAGACGUCGGAAAGGAACAUGAAUCGUUCCUCAAUGAGAUUAAAUUUCUUAAGAAACAAAUUAAAGAAACCAAUAAAGACCGAAAACAAUCUGAAUGUGGUCUAGACUUAGAUGGUGAAAAUAAAGUCAAAGAUGAACCAUCAUCAAUUCCCAAAACUCAUCAAACUAAUGAAAAUGAUGAUUUGAAAAAUGUUGACGAGAAUCCAUUAAAUAAAUUACCAUCAACAGCAGAAAGUGAACCAAAAAAACCCCGACCGAAGUUAGAGUCGAAAACAAAUCCAAAGUUUAGCUAUCAUUAUUUGUAUAGCUUGGCACAAUUUGCUGUAUUUGUAUUCAUUGGAUUCAGUAUAAAGAAAUUGUUCUUUUUAUGUUAUACUCAAGGUUGUGUAUUAGCGCCAACGCUUUACUCGAAAUUAAGAAGUCACAAACAUAGUAACUUAUUUUUAUCGAUAUCGCUUGCUGUUUUCCUAACAAGCAUUGUUGAUCCAGGGGUUGUGAAUGUUUAUGAAGAGUAUUUGCCGUCCAAAACUCAUAGUGAUGAACUCGAAAACAUGUUAGAAUGGAUUAAUUUAAAUACAGAAAAAAAUGCAGUUUUUGGUGGUCCGGUUGAUAUAAUUGGAACCGUUCAUUUGACAACAAAAAGGCCGAUAGUUAAUCAUGCACAUUUGGAUAUGCAUCAAAUAAGUGAAAGAACCGAAAGCAUUUAUUCGGUGUUCAGUCGCCAGCAAUCAUCCGAAAUUUACAACCAGUGUUCGCAGCUAAAGAUCCAGUAUUUAAUACUAUCUUUUAGUGAUUGUUCCAAUGCAGCUAAUGACGAAUGUGAUAUUCUAACAAUCUGGGAUGAAAUGCAACCAGCAUACAGAAAGUAUCCACAAUUCUGCUCUGAAUUAGCCAGCAAAAAUGUGCCCAGCUUCUUGAAAGUAUUUUCAAAUAAAUACUAUGGAAUAAUAAAAAUGUUCUCGCAAAGUGUUCAACUUAAUUUGAAACAAAACAAAAUGCCUGAAAAAUAUAUGUAAUCUUAUGAGACCUAGCAAAAAAAAAACAAAAAAACAAAAGUUAAAAGAUAAAGCACUUAUCAGACAUAUUUCCUACUAGAAAUAUUAUAUUUUAAAUAUUAUUAAGUAUUCAUAAAAGACUUGAAUAUGAUUUGCAUUAUAUCGAUCAUAUCUUUUAAAUAGUUUGUUAAAUAUUUUACAUAGAGUAAGUCAUUUUGUUUUAUUUUUUUUAUAAAUAGAUUUUUAAAUUUAAGUUAAGUAUUUAAAAAGUUAAAAAGAAAAAGUUAUUUCUUGACUUCAGUGAUAAUGUAAUUAUUGAAUUUAUUUAAAGACAUCAAAAAGAUAAUUUUGUACAUUAUUCAACUCAUACUUUUUAAGCAUUCG